AUGCAGGACCUGACUGACAGUGGCAAUAAGUCUCAAUACUUUCGAAUCCCGAGAUGUUCCUCUUCUUUUUUCGCGCUAGCCACCCUUGAACCACCCUCGCCUACGUCUUCUCCAGUGUCAAGCGUUUCUUCUGUCGCCUUUGAGGACCUUCCUAUCUUCUUCGUGGACUCCGUCCGCCCAGAAUCUUUUCACCCGGAUUCGCAGUGCUGGACGCCCUUGUCCGGGGAAUAUGUGGAUUUACCCCCCGCGACUAGCUUAAGCUCGAUUGGUUCCUUGGCGUCUGUCGUCAGCUUUGGUACGUUUGGUCCCAAGGCAUCAGCUACUGCACCUGGCGAGGACAUCUACCAGGGCGAUGAUCUCUGUCCCAAUUUCCAAACUGCGACGUAUCACGAUUUGUCUGUGGGACGUUCGACACCAAGUCCGAGGUUGGAGGCGAUCCCCGAAGAGGCUUCUACCUGCACGUCGCCGGUCCUACCACAGGAGGGCUUUGGGCGAGUCAAGCGAUCUGCCCGAAGAGGACAGAUAGGCGACGACCGCGUCGAAGAGAGGAACGCCAAUCAUGACCGGUCAGUCGCCUCGAUGAACACCACACACCAAGAGCGGGAAGGCCUUGUUGUGUCUAGUCACGGCCAAGGAGCAGGACGUGGCAGUCGACCAAAAGUCAAAGGAAAUCGAUCUCAGAACCCGAAGCCUGUGGAGUUUGUCUGGCUGCACGGCGUCUCAAUCGACCUCCUGAUUGACCAAGAAGGUUUCCGUUCGGCCACUCCCUCGUUCAGGUACCACGGCGCUCACCAUACCGACGGCCACGACUGCAAGGUCAUUUUUCGUCCUAGCCCAAAGCAGAGUUUCUAUUUCCACUACAACCCAUUCGACAGCUUGCCGAUUCUUCGACGGGUCACUGUUCAUGGAGAAGAGACACGGGAUUACAUCUCCAAGCAGGCGCAACUUACGCUCAAGUCCAAUGGCGUGUAUUCGGUUCACGGAGCCGAAGUCUCGUCGCUAUCCAACCUAGAUACCUGGCAAGUUUUCAGUCAACUUGGACACGAUCGUAAUUCAAGACUGGAGUGGGAGUUUCAAUACCUAGUCGCAGACAGGGCAGACACCUACGGGAAUAUCGUGGACGGAGAAAAGAAAUUCGUACCGCUGGCAUUCACAUGCUCUCCCUGGCUCCUGCACCCAUCUCAAGGGAAGAGAAUUAACUUGGUUCAUAUAUUCAAGAAGGGGGUGGCGUCUAAACUGACCGCGGAGAAGUUCUCGCCAAAUUCAACUGGGGGGCAAUCUACCACGACCACGGCGGGCGAGUCAAGGACUCUGGUGCCUGUUGAUCAUCUCCGAAGCCACAGACGUGUGCAGAGCCAUGCAGCACCGGAAGUAGGAACAUAUACUGCCUUUACCUCGCGCGGGGAGAAUGGCAUGAACACUGCUGGACGAGAUAGAGGGAAGCACAGUCGUGGUGAUCAUACUGGGGGUACGAAGUUGCGGAGGAGGGCGUCUUCCGUAGGGGUUAAACAGAUUGCCUGA